GAGCUGUCUGCCGGCGACAUUUUCGGCGAGUUCGCCAUGCUCGGCCUCGUCCGCCGGCGCACCGCCUCGGUUCGCGCGGUGACGCUCUGCUCGAUGAUAGAGAUACCUCGGGAGAGGUUCCUGUCCGCGCUGGAGCGGUUCCCCCAGGAGCGGGGGCACUUCGAGCAGCUCACGACCCUGCACGAGGUC